AUGACGGCUAACAUCACCCAGGAGCGCUACGAGCAGCUCAAGAAGGAGCGUACAUUCCACAAGUUCACGUACCGUGGACUUGAGAUUGACCCACUGUUGGCCCUCUCCGAGGAGGAGUUCAAGACCCUGGUUCAUGCUCGCGCCCGUCGUCACAUGAACCGCCACGCUGACAUUCGUGCUCCCGUGCUGCUGAAGCGCCUGCGCGAGGCGAAGAAGGACGUGAGGGCUGGUGAGAAGCCAAGGGCUGUGAAGACGCACCUUCGUGAUGUUGUCAUCACACCCGAAAUGGUGGGCUCCGUGGUCGGUAUCUACAACGGCCGUCAGUUCAACGCGGUGGAGAUUAAGGGUGAGAUGAUUGGACACUACCUUGGCGAGUUCUCCAUGACGUACAAGCCCGUCAUGCACGGUCGUCCUGGUGUUGGUGCCACGCACUCCUCUCGUUUCAUUCCUCUCAAGUAG